CAAAAACGUUACAGAUACAUUUGUUGGAUCCAUACGGCUAGUACUUGGGAACUUGGGAUAAACCAGUUUGCGACAGCCAAGGUUCACUUACGGCUUUGUGCCGUAAACUGUGCCGGGAGCAGAACACAUGGGAGAGCGUGUUUAGUGUUCGUCUGGACUCGCCUCUCUGAAUCACGAUGGAAGCCAAACCCAAAAAAGCGUUCUCCCCUAAAGGAGGGAAAAAGCUCCUUCAGAAAAGAAAAGAUUCCCUCGGUACCAAACUGGGAGGAAAGCCCGGAGGGAAGAAGCCCUUCAAACCAUUUAAAAACACAGAGAAGAAGAACAGACCAGGGAACACGCGGGAAGGAGGAAGGAAGGAACACAAAUCUGGGUUCUCUAAAGGAAGGCAAAGGAAGAGAAGCGUGUCGGAGGAAGGUGAAGGUCCAGAGCCAAAGAGGACGAGGAAAGGCGAUUUCAAGGGCGGGAAGAAGCCAACAAAGGAAGAGCUGAAGAAGAACCGACAGCAGAAGAAGAAAGAUCUGAAGAAGAGCCGACAGCAGGCAGAGAGGAAGGACAUGUUUGAAAUCAUCUGCUUGUCCAAAAAAGUCUGGGGAAAUCUCAGGAGGAAGGACUGUAAAGCAGAGGUGAAGAACAAACUGAUGAAGGAGCUUCACAAUCUGAUCUGUGGGAAAGUCAAGCAGAUGGCGUUUGCUCACGAUUCUGUUCGGGUCCUGCAGUGCUUCAUCCAGUUCGCCAGCGAUGAGCAGAGACAGGAAGUGUUUUUGGAGCUCCAAGACAGCAUCCUCCCUCUGAGCAAGUCUCAGUACGGCAAACAUGUGGUGAAGAAGCUGCUCAUGUACGGGGACAAGAAGCUGGUGGCGGCCGUGAUCCAGUUGUUUAAGGGUCAGGUUCGCCAGAUGCUCCGCCAUUCAGCCGCCUCCUCCAUCAUCGAGUAUGCCUACAAUGACAAGGCCGUGCUUUCCCAGAGGCUGAUGCUCGCCGACGAGCUGUACGGGAACACCUACGCCGUCUGCAGGUCUUCGGAGCUGAACACCCUGGAAAAGGUGGUGAAGGCCAACCCGGACAAGCGGGAGAGCAUCAUGGAUGAGAUGAAGCAGAUCCUCGUUCCGAUGGCUCAGAAGUGAUAGAUCUGUGGCGGCGGAGGUGAAGGAGGCGCUCCAAUCCAUCCGGACUCAGCUCAGCAGAAUUACAGACAUCAAAGGAGUCGAAGUUCUGCUGGAGAACCUGAACAAGUAGAAAUCCUUUAAAGGAACCGUUGUCUGCCUAACCGGAAACAUCUGGGACACUUGGUCUCAUUUCAACACCUAAAUGAGUUUCUGGUAUUUCAGGACAUUUAAAAGACACGUUGUGUGUUUGCAUGGCUCCCCCUGGUGGUCACGUGAUGAAAUCGCACAAGGAAAACCGAUAAAAGCAGAACUUUUAAGUUUCUUCUGGUGACCCGAGAUUCUUUGUUUUCUGGUUCAGAUUCUUCUUUGUAAGAUUUUGUAUCUUGUAUUAAAUUCUGUCAGGUGUGUGGAAAAUAAAAAAUAUUCUGAUAUG